UCUCAUGACUACAACAAGCUAAGCUAGAAAUCAAAAGCAAAAGAACAAAAACUAGAAGCUGUGAUUGAUUUGCUGAUCAGGUCUGAGAGAGAAGAACAAGCAGUUGUACUUGUGAAAUGGAUUCUUCUUGGGUUCGCCUUCUGCUUCUGAUUGUGGUGUGCCUUUUUCCAGCUUUGAUCGAGUCCAGGGUUCGCCACUACAAGUUUAAUGUUGUGACGAGGAAUACCACCAGACUAUGUUCCACCAAACCCAUUGUCACCGUGAAUAGGAAGUUCCCAGGACCCACUCUCUAUGCUAGAGAAGAUGAUACAGUGCUUGUGAAGGUCGUCAACCAUGUCACACAUAAUGUUACCAUCCACUGGCACGGCAUUAGGCAACUACGAACAGGUUGGGCCGACGGACCGGCAUAUGUUACUCAAUGCCCAAUCCAGCCCGGGCAAAGCUACGUGUACAAUUUCACUAUCACCGGCCAACGGGGCACACUUCUUUGGCAUGCACAUAUUAAUUGGCUAAGGGCAACGGUCCACGGUGCCAUAGUCAUCUUGCCUAAGCGUGGCGUGCCAUAUCCGUUCCCAACACCCCACAAGGAAGUUGUUGUCAUAUUAGCUGAAUGGUGGAAAUCCGACACUGAAGCCGUGAUCAACGAAGCUCUCAACUCUGGACUAGCGCCUAAUGUCUCCGACGCGCAUACAAUUAACGGCCAUCCCGGGCCGGUUUCGAAUUGUUCCUCACAAAGUGGCUUCAAAUUGCCCGUCCAAAGUGGUAAGACCUACUUGCUACGCAUAAUCAACGCUGCACUCAAUGAAGAGCUUUUCUUCAAGAUAGCCGGGCACACACUCACCAUCGUUGAAGUGGAUGCUACCUAUGUAAAACCAGUGAAGCUUGACACAAUCGUGAUUGCCCCCGGCCAAACCACAAAUGCCCUUGUAACCGCCGAUCAAAAUUCCGGCAAGUACUUGGUAGCCGCCUCUCCUUUCAUGGACUCCCCCAUCGCCGUUGACAACCUCACAGCAACUGCCACUCUUCACUAUUCUGGCACGCUUUCUACUGCCCCCACAACUCUUACCAGUCCACCUCCACAAAAUGCUACCGCAGUUGCAAACAAAUUUACCAACUCCCUCAAAAGCCUAAAUUCCAAGAAAUUCCCCGCCAAUGUCCCAUCAACUGUUGAUCACAAACUUUUUUUCACCAUCGGGCUAGGGAUCAACCCGUGUUCUACUUGCAAAGCUGGCAAUGGAAGCCGAGCGGUGGCUAGUAUCAACAAUGUCACAUUUGUUAUGCCCACCACCGCCCUACUUCAAGCACAUUUCUUCAACAUCAGCGGGGUGUUCACCACUGAUUUUCCCGGCAACCCACCACAUGUAUUUAACUAUACGGGCUCCGGACCGGCAAGUUUACAGACCACUAACGGGACAAAGGUUUAUAGGUUGUCUUACAACUCCACGGUCGAACUUGUUCUGCAAGACACUGGGAUCAUCGCCCCUGAAAACCAUCCAGUCCAUCUACAUGGGUUUAAUUUCUUUGCCGUUGGUAGGGGACUAGGCAACUUCAAUCCAAAAAAGGAUCCCAAAAACUUCAACCUUUUUGACCCUGUCGAGAGGAACACAAUUAGUGUGCCAUCUGGUGGAUGGGCAGCCAUCAGAUUUCGUGCAGAUAAUCCAGGAGUUUGGUUCAUGCAUUGUCAUCUGGAAGUGCACACAACAUGGGGGCUGAAGAUGGCAUUCUUGGUGGACAAUGGCAAGGGACCCAAUGAGUCAGUUCUUCCUCCUCCAAGUGAUCUUCCCAAAUGUUGAGCCAUGCACUCAAAAUAUUUAUAAGUACUAUAGACGUAGAGAAAUCUCUGACUCGAAAAAGAAGAGGGAGAGACAAAGGCAAGACAAGGAAGAAGAACAAAAAAAACAAAAUAGUUAAUAAACAAGUGAGAGCUAAUUAGAUUCAAUUUGUUUUUUUGAGAAAUGUUAGAUAUUUCAACACUUUUUUUUAGAAUUUGGUUCCAACUUGAUGUGUUAAAAUCCUAUGAGAUUGUGGCACACUUCCUAAAAUGAUAGAUCUUAUGGGAUUAUGACACAUCAAGUUCAAACCAAAUUCUGAUAAAAAAAAAAAAAAAAUGAAAAGAAAAAAAGUGUUUAAAUGUUUAACAUUCCUCUUGAUAUUUUGAGUAAAUAGAAACAUUUGCUCUGGGCAUGUUUGAAAUAAAUUUGUGUGAGCACUUUAGUUGUUGAAAUACCAUAA